AGAUGCCCCCGCGGGAGGCCGCUCCCACAGCCGGUCCCUCGGGCGGCGUCCCGCUGGCAAGAGCGGCCGGGGGUCCCGGGGCGGCGAGGCCGACCCUUCCUCCGGGGUAGCAGUGCCGGCGCUACUCCGCAGGUGGAGAGGGGGCAGCAGGGGAAGAGCCCCUGAUGGGGGGCUCGGCGGCGGGGGAUGGCCCGCGGGUGCUGCGGGCCCUCACCGGGUGCCUGCUGGGCUCCCUGGUGCUGAGCACGCUGGUGGGCAAUGCUCUGGUGUGCCUGGCUGUCCUGCGCUUCCGUCACCUGCGUGCCAAGGUCACCAACUGGUUCGUGCUGUCACUGGCCAUCUCGGACCUCUGCGUAGCCCUCCUGGUGAUGCCCUGGAAGGCGAUCACUGAGGUGACUGGAGGCUCCUGGCUCUUCGGCAACCGCUUUUGUGACACCUGGGUGGCUUUUGACAUCAUGUGCUCCACCGCCUCCAUCCUCCACCUCUGCAUCAUCAGCCUGGACCGCUACUGGGCCAUCGCCAGCCCCUUUCGCUAUGAGCGCAAGAUGACGCAGCGCCUUGCCUGUGCUAUGAUAGCCAUGGCCUGGACCCUCUCCAUCCUCAUCUCCUUCAUCCCAGUGCAGCUGCACUGGCAUAAAGCCAAGGACAGUGGAUAUCCAGGUUCCUGGCUGCCUGGGACACCCCGAUGUGAUGUCAGAUUGAAUCGCACUUACGCCAUUACGUCCUCCCUUAUUAGCUUCUACAUCCCCGUGGCCGUAAUGAUCAUCACCUAUACCAGGAUCUACCGAAUUGCCCAGGCCCAGAUCCGCCGUAUCUCCACCCUUGAGAGAGCAGGGGGGCAGUGGCCAGCUCACAGCAAGGAGCCCACCUCCUCUUUGCGGAAUUCCUUGCACAAAGAGACCAAGGUGCUGCAGACUCUGUCUAUCAUAAUGGGAGUCUUUGUUUGCUGCUGGCUGCCCUUCUUCCUGCUCAACUGUCUGCUGCCUUUCUGUCAGCCCACGCUCCAGAAAGACCAUGAAGGACAGUCAUCCUGUGUUAGCCAAACCACCUUCAACAUCUUUGUGUGGUUUGGCUGGGCCAACUCUUCGUUGAAUCCAGUGAUCUAUGCUUUCAACGCAGAUUUCAGGAGGGCUUUCAGCAACCUCUUGGGCUGCUGGUGCUUCUGUUGUGGCACACCCAAAUCCACUGUGGAGCGAGUCAACUUCAGCAAUGAACUGGUUUCCUAUCAUCAUGACACCACCUGCCAGAAGGAAAGAGCUGCUUCGCUGUCAGUACCUCCUGCUGCUGUCACCGCCUGGGUGCAGCCCAUUCCCCAAGCUGUAAGCCUUCAGGGAGAGGACAGCAGUGAGAUGCCUGUGGAGAACAGACUUGAGACGUCUCCGACACAGGCUGCCCCUGGGAUCAGCCCCAAGAAUUGUCAGGUGCCAGCUAUUUUGCAACUGGAUUGCAAAACAGAGCUAUCCCCGGAAACUGUUGCCCCCUGUACAGGACUUGGUCAGUGUGAGGGACCCCAUUGCCUUGUUUCAGAGGGAUAAGUGAUUGCAUGCUUCUCACACACACAGCCACCCCACAGAGAGAGAUCACUCUGCCUCCAUGUAAGCUACACCUGUACCCCAGCAAAAAAUCCCAUUCCAGAGGGAUGGGAAAAACCACAGAGGGGUGAUGUGCAUUUGAAAUCCAUUCCAAAGGCAUAUAGCAGACAGAUAUUAACUUUUUUCCAUGGCCACCAUCACCCUUUACUGUCACAGUCAGUAGACAUCUCCCAUGCAUUUGUUCACCCCCAGUCUCCAAUCAAACUUGAGAUAUUUGUUAAGAAUAGUGAGAUAAUCAGAUCAAACUGAAAAU